AAGAGCUGCCAAGUUCACAAAGCUGAGCACUGUGUGUGGCCUGGUAUCUAGACAAGCAAUGCAGGGGCUGAGAAGGACUCAUCCAGCAAAACAGUCCCAUUAACAUGGUGGCUGAGUGAGGGCAUGAUGGUUAGGAGGGGGCAGCAAGUCAGUUUGGACCAUCAGGAUCCAUCAUCCUAAAACAACCAGAGCUCAGAGAGAAGGGAAGGCCAGCUUGUCCUGAGCACACGCCUCUCCCAGCAGCUAUGUGCCAAGGACCAGGCUGGGAGCCAGAGGUGGCAGAGUGUUCUGGAAGGAAAGAUGCUGUGAUAUGAAGGGUUCAGAGAGGAGAGGGAGGCCCCCACAAUGGUGAGGAACUCUGGGCCAGGCAGAGCCAGCUUCCUCACCAGGUGAAGCUUGUGCAGAUCUGGAGAUGACGAAAUGAGGAUCCCCUCCCGUGUCACAUUUCAGCCCUUGACUUUUGGUUUAUGAUUGACCAGGAGUCAGCUAAAGAAGUGUCAGACCAGCUCUGCUCCCUAGAGCCUCAUCAGCCCCUGGUGCGUUCUCCUGGGUGUCGUUGGAAGCUGAGGCCAUCCUGGACAUUCUUGCAACUGUAGGACCAGUCUUUCCAGUUGCUGGAAAAAGGAUCCGCUGAUACUUGUGCCUGGGAACACAGGAGCGUUCAGUGUCAGGACCCUGAAGAGGAAGCAAAACCCUCAGAACAACAUAGUUUUCCAGCAUACCCCAAUAUCCAAGGGCUCAGGGAAGCUGUGCAAGAAGGUCUCGCUGUCCCUGUGAUCACUGAUAUUUGAGAGCCAGAGGUCUCCCAUGGCUCCUUAUCACAUCCGCCAGUACCAGGAGAGGGACCACAAAAGGGCCCUGGAAUUGUUCUCCACGGGCAUGGAGGAGCAUGUCCCUGCUGUCUUCAGCCAUAUUUUGACACUGCCCCAGACUCUCCUGACCUUACUUGGGAUGCUCCUGACCAUAGUCCUGGUUUAUGGCUCCUGGCUCCUGGCCACAGUGUGCUGCCUCCUUGUACUCCUUUGCCUGAGGCUCUUUGUCUGGCAUUCUUGCAGAAAGUAUGUGUCUACAUGUUUGCAAGCAGACAUGGCUGACAUCACUAAGUUGUACCUGAAUUCACGUGGCUCCUUCUGGGUGGCUGAGUCUGGGGACCAGGUGGUGGGCAUCGUGGGUUGUCUGCCAGUCAAGAAUCCCCCAUUAGAAAGGAAGCAGCUGCAGCUCCUUCGCCUAUCUGUGUCCUCACAGCAUCGUGGACAGGGGAUAGCGAAAGCACUGGUCAGAGCUGUCCUCCAGUUUGCACGGAACCAGGGCUACAGUGAUGUUGUCCUUGAGACUAGCAUUGUGCAGUAUAGUGCUUUGGCUCUCUACCAGGCCAUGGGCUUCCAGAAGACAGAUGAGUACUUUGUUAGCACAAUCAGGCAGUUAAUGGCCUUUCCUGUCCUUCAUUUCACAUACUCUCUCCCCUUUGAUUGGGAACCACAGAUGUGAUCCUUCUCCUUUGUCUGUCUGUGAGGCUCCAGUUCACUCUGCUGCAGGAACCAGCAAACCAUGGUAGUUUACUGCUGCCAAUCACACGAGCUCGUUUUUCAUACCUCUCAGAUCCAGUCUUGCUGGAGGUGAGCUGUAGGUUUUGGCUCCCUGUUCCUUUCUGUCCUUUGAAGUGUCACCUUUUCCUUCCUGGUGCCGUGAUGAUACAGCACAGAAGCCAACCUGAGAACAUACUGUACACAUUUCAUGUGUGAAACAUUAGCUCUCAGUUUCAGCUAGGUGGUCUCAAGUUCCAGCAGCCCAGUCAGGAUUCAGCAUCUGCAGAGAGGCGAAACUGAACCCAGAGGGAGCAGGACAUUUCCUGGGACACUUGGUACAGGAGAAUUGUCUGUAUUCUGUCAAUCAUGUUUUAAAUAAAUGCUGAUUGGCCAGGCAGGAAGUAUAGGCAGGACAACCAGACAGGAAGUAGAAGUGGGGAGAUGAGAACAGGAGAAUUCUAG